AUGUCUCAAACCAGCAGUGAGAUCAUCCUCUUCAACUACCCAGAGUCGGUAUUCGGACGGCGAACGGUUCGAUAUCUGAACCUCCGUGGACUCUCAUUCUCGCAGAUCAGAGUGCCGCCCAACAUGCCUCGUCCCAUUCUCCAGGAACGACUGGGCAUCAACUACCGCCGCAUUCCCAUCAUGGCCAUCGGACGGGACGUCUACAUCGACACGCGGCUUAUGCUACGGAAACUGGAGACUUUGUAUCCCGAAGGUAAGCUAGGUUCAAAUGAUACUUUCGAGCAGGGGUUGGAAGACAUACUAGAGGAGUUCGUGAUCGAUGCUGGACCAUUUGUUCGGACGGCUGGGUGCAUCCCGAUGUCCGCUCCGUUGGUGAAUGAUAAGGUCUGGAUGAAAGACCGCUCCGAUGGAUCAGGCGGGAUGUUUUCGAGAGACGCGUUGAUUGAGAACCGUAGCUGGAGUCUCAGCCAGCUGCGGUUGUAUUUUGGUAUGAUGGAGAAGAUUCUGGGUGAUGGACGGGAGUGGAUCUUCAAUGGAUCGAGACCAGGGUUAGCGGAGGUGCAUGUGGCGUGGGUGUACGAUUGGGCGGUGAAUAUGGCUGGGGAUAUGGGGGGUGAAUCUGAUGAUUCGACGGCGGAUCUGAAGCGGAUGCUGAACAAAGACGAGUUCCCGAGGAUCCAUGAGUGGGUGCAGCGGUUCCGAAAGGCCUGUGAAAGGGCGGAGAGCCUCAACUCCGGCGCGGGUGCGAUAGAUGAAGGGCAAGAGAAGGAAGACGAUGUCGUGAAGAGGAUCCUAGGCGGUGGACUCGAGGAGCCUGAUGUCCUCGCUUUCGACGACGACGACGUGCUUGGGCUAUCGAAGGGACAAGAGGUCAGCGUCUCUCCCGUAGACUUCGGCUUCACUCACCAAGACGUUGGUACAUUGAUCGGCUUGACGAAGGAUGAAGUGGUCAUUGAGACGGGAGUGCCAGGAAAGUCAAAUGGGAAGCUGAGACUCCACUAUCCGAGGAUGAAUUUUAAGAUCAAAGCGGUUGAUUGA